AUAUAUUUUUUAAAUAUGAAGUUGUAGAUUUUGGCAAUUUUACAGUAUAUCUUAAAACACCUUACGUCAGACCUCCCAAUGAAAAUUUAGUGUGUUACUCCGGGCAAUAAAAAAAACAAAUUCGCUAUGACUGACUUAAAGAUAAGGGAAUUCACAUCAAGUAUGUCUUUAACCUUUCCCCAAGUACACGAAAUUUACAAACGUUUCUGCAAUCAAAUUCGAAGUGGUCUUGGGAAACAUAGUCAUGCAACAGCGGAUACAAAAUGUUACGUAACCUUUGUACAAGAUUUGCCAACGGGUCAGGAAGUCGGUAAUUAUUUAGCAUUAGAUUUGGGAGGCUCAAAUUUUAGAGUACUAUUAGUCACAUUAAAAGGCAACUACGAUUCAGAGCAAGUAUCAGUAACAUAUCCAAUACAUAGUGACCUUAUGAUUGGGACGGCAGAAGAGCUAUUUGAUUACAUCGCUUCAUGUUUGGAAAAUUUUGUGAAGUUACAUAAUAUAGAGGAUGAUAAAUUAUACCUAGGUUUUACUUUCUCAUUUCCUUGCACCCAAAUAAACCUAACUCAAGCAAUAUUGAGGCGAUGGACGAAAGGCUUUCAAGUGGCCGGCGUUGUAGAUGAAGACAUAUCUGUAUUAUUAAAAGAUGCCAUUGAUAGACGUGGUACCCUAAAUAUUGAACCAGUAGCCAUUGUAAAUGAUACGGUUGGCACAUUGAUAUCCUGUGCCUACUUUAAUAAUCAAUGCCGCAUUGGGCUCAUAGUAGGUACUGGCUGCAAUGCCUGCUAUUUGGAGCAUGUUAAAUGCAUUGAACGAAUGGAUGCUCAAUACAGAGAAAAGAAAAACAUGAUCAUAAACACUGAAUGGGGUGCUUUUGGUGAAGGUGGUGAUUUAGAAUUUAUACGAACAGAUUACGAUAAACAAGUUGACGACACAAGCCCUAAUCCGAAAGAACAAAUCUUCGAGAAAAUGGUAGCUGGUAUGUAUUUGGGCAAGCUCGUUGGUUAUAUGACAGUAAGGGCAAUCAAUGAAUCGUAUAUAUUAGUUGAGAAUGAAGAAAAACAUAAAAUUGUUGAUGUUUUAGAAAAGGAUCCUGAUGUUUUUGAAACGUACAGAAUAUCUCAGAUUGAAUGUGAUCUGUCAACGGAAUUAAAGAGCAUACAAACCAUAAUGAGAGAAUUGUUUGAAGUGACAUUUAUUUCACAUGAUGACUGCUUAAAUUUUAAGCACAUAUGUGAAUCCGUUACAAGACGUUCAGCUACAUUAGUUGCCGUUAAUAUAAGUGCACUAAUUAACAAAAUAAACGAACCUAGAGUUGUUGUAGCUGUUGAUGGUUCACUGUUCAGAUUGCAUCCUAGAUAUGAUAGUUAUAUGCGUGAGACAUUAAGAAAAUUUGUAAAUCCGAAAAUUGUUUACGAUUUAGUAUUAUCCGAAGAUGGUUCUGGUCGUGGUGCAGCAUUAAUAGCUGCGGUGGCAACCAUGGGUAGAGAAGAGGAAGUUCCAGAAGUACCAGAAGAUGAAGCUUUGCUUCUUCCAAUUGACGAAGCCAAUGCAGAAGAAGUCAACGUGUCUAGCAAAUCACCAAGUAGAGCUGGUAGUAAAUCAGGUAGUAAAGCAGGUAGUAAAUCAGGUAGUAAAGCAGGUAGUAAAGCAAGUAGUAAGGCAACUAGUAAAGAACCUAGUAAAGAAAAUCUAAAUGUAAACAAAUAGUCUAAAUUAUAAUGACAAAAAAGAAAUCUCCAAAAAUUCGAAAGAUUAUUUAAAUUCUAUGUGAAAAUUAACUAACAUUAACAUUUUACUUAAGAACAAUAAAACAAAUAUAUUUAUUUCUAAUA